AUGCGGGCUAGCUGGUCUGCGCUCUUGGCCUAUGGCCUCGGCCUUGCCUCUGCGUUGCCCUUCAAGGUGCUCGUGGUGCAAGACUAUCAAGACAGUUUCGAGAACAGAUGGCUUGCUGCUCAGAGUGGUACCUACACUGUGACGACGGCUAGCAAGGUGGCCUUCGGCAGCAUGAUCAAGGAGCAGUUUGCUUCCUACGACGCAAUCGUUAUCGGUGAUGUUGGAGGCUGCAACACGCCCGAUGCGACCGCGCUCGACUGGAUCGACUUCUCGCUGCAGAGCAAACUGGGAGCUGCAGUCACUGGCAACAUCUACGUUCUCGGUACCAGUCUCUAUGACAGUACCAACGGGAGCGCAAUCGGGACCAACAACUCGGCUACCCAGACAGCCAGCGUGCUGUUCGAAGAUGCCAUGAACUAUGUGACGGCGGGUACACGGACCGGCUUCUACAUCUCCCUGUCCUGCUACUACAUCAAUACAGGGGGGGAAUCCAACGUCUAUGCUCUGAACGGUUUCUCCAACAGCAGUGCAACCUUUAAAGUGUUUGGGAACAGUGUAUGCUACCUUGGGGUAACUAUUAAACAGCCUGCUCUCUUCAACGGCUUGACCGACUCGUCAUUCAGCGCCUGGUCCUGCCCGGUGCGGGAGUAUUUCUCUGCAUAUUCCCCCGACUUCCAGCAGGCAGCCUCCCUCAAUGCUGGUAAUGGUCUCCCGUUUGCUCCCUUCAUCCUUUCUAGAAGCAGCGUGUCCGACUGCGGAAACGGGAUCGUCACGGGGAGUGAGAUCUGCGACUCCGGAAUCUACUGCCUGUCCGACUGCACGUGCCCGACGGGGUACGAGUCGGACGGCGAUAUCGGGUGCCGGUCCAUGUGUGGGAACGCACAGAUCGACACGAACAUAGGCGAGGAAUGUGAGCUGCCACGGCUGUCGAGGCGCGAUCUGCUCGGCCGCAGCUACUACGCGGAUCCCCUCUGCCUGGCCAACUGCACGUGCCCCAACGGGCCCGGGACCGAGCUAGGGCACUGCGCGCCUCUCCCGCAAUGCGGCAACGGCUAUCUCGAAUCCGGAGAGGAGUGCGAGCCGUACAGGCCUACCAAGCGCUGGAUGGGCCUGAGCCCGCGUGCUCGGGACAUCGGCGACCCGCUGUGUCGGUCGGAUUGCACAUGCCCCAACGGGCCCGGAGCCACUCCGGGAAGCUGUGCUCCGCUUCAGCUUUGCGGUAACGGGGUUCUCGACCAAGGAGAGCAGUGCGAAUAUGUCAGGUUUGGCAAGAGAUUAUCGCUGUCGCUGUUCGGCCGAGAGCCGCUGCCGGAUAUCUCGGACCCUCUCUGCUUGACCGACUGCACGUGCCCCUACGGCGUUGGGUCUGCCGCUGGCAAGUGCGCCCCCCAGGCGAUCUGCGGAGACGGCAUUGUCAAUCAGGGUUCUGAAGAGUGCGACGACGCCGGCGCGAGCCAGAACUGCACUUCCCUCUGCACCUGUGUCAACGGCUACGACGCCGUGAACAAGGUCUGCCUUAACGUCACGAUCCCGGCGACCUGCGGCGACGGGACUGUCAACUCUGGUGAGGAGUGCGAGAUCUCUCUGAAUGGCGCCGACCUGUGCUCGACCGCGUGCAAGUGCAUCUGGGGAGUCGAAGACGCCACCCUGAAGACCUGCAAGCCGGUCCCAGUCUGCGGGAACUCCGUCGUUGAGAAGGGCGAGGAAUGUGAGCCGAAGAACGGGCUGGGUCGGCGUGCGUCUGAUCCUGUCGCGGAUGAUGUCUGCUCGAACAAGUGCAAGUGCCUCUUCGGCCUGGCCACGGACGGAACCUGCAACCCCAAGCCCGGCACGACAACGACAUCGCCAACGAGCCAGUCCUCCACCGUACCUCCUGUUUCGACAACAGCAUCGUCUUCGCCCUCGUCCUCAUCGUCGUCCUCGGCACCGACCUCGACCUCGACCAACGAGCCCCUGCCCCCGCAAGUCGGUAUCUUCAGCUUCGUCGGAUGCACCGGCUCCGUCCUGAGCUACCCGUCGUUCCGCUUGCAGACCUCCAGCAACCAGAUGACCCUCGAGAUGUGUACCGCAGCUUGCUCCGCCCACCUCUACGCCGGUGUCCACGUCGAGGACUGCUACUGCUCCGACUUCUUCGACGACGUCGUCACGGUCUCCAAGGACCAGUGCAGCGUCCCCUGCCCCGGCAACGCGCUCCAGAACUGCGGUGGCUACCGCUUGACCGACAGCAGGCUCGCCCGGCGCCAGAGCGGCGUGCCCGCCAACGCCCUGCUCGUCGUCUACCUCAACGACCCCGUCGCCUCGACCGCCACGCAGCUCCCGGCCUCCACCCUCCCGCCGACCUCAUCGUCUUCCAGCAGCGGCGCCGCGCCCGUUCCCCAGACCACCGGCCAGACCACCUCGACUGCCACUGCCGUCGUCACGUCCACCGCCACGGCCGUGCCCUGCGUCAACGGCUGGUGCAACGCCGGCGGCUACGUCUUCGAGGUCUGCGUGGGCCUGCCGAACCCGGGCGAGAUCGUCUUCGUGAUGCAGGCCUGCGGCUGCCCCGGCGGCUGGCAGUACGUCCGGGCGGACUGCGACGGCGCCUCCUGCGCCUCCCUGGUCGUGUACCGCAUCGUCCCCGUCGUCUCCGGUGUCGUCGUCGGAGACGUCGUCGUGUACGCGCCGCAGCCCUGCGACACCUGCGUCGGCGGCGUGACGUUCGUCCAGCCCGCGCCGCCUGCGAUUGGCAGCGGCAGCGGCAGCGGCAGCGCUUCUCAGACCGGAUCCGUCGUGGGACCGACCCCGGCGGUGGUGGUUACCGCCGGCGCGAGCAAGCUUACUUCGUUCUUGAGCGGCCUGAUGGUGUUUGCUGGUGCCUUUGUGCUUUUGAUUUGA